AUGAGCGAGUCCAGUGAGAAUUUCGGCCUCGAGGAUAACCGUCUCGGGCUCUUCGACGUCUCCUUGGAGGACGAUUGCCUCUAUGCGACCUCUUCUCCGACUCGCCAAGACUUUCACUUCUCAGAUGAUUUGUUGGACAAUGCUAGCGAUCUGUCAUUAAACCUUGUGGAUUCUCAGAGUCUUCAAAGCACAGAGUGCAGGGAUGAUGCCAGGGAACAUCAGCCUCUUGAAUCGUUAGAACCGGAACAGACCAAGAAAAACAUGAAGUACAACUUGCGCAAAAGUUUAGCCUGGGACAGUGCCUUCUUCACGAGCGCAGGUGUUCUGGAACCAGAUGAGUUGACUAGCAUGAUGGGGAAGACUGAGGAAAGAGAGAUGUUACCUGGAAUUAGAGAGGAGUUAGAAAGAUCAACUGAUUCGUUAUCUACCUUGGCAAGUGAGGGUUUGACCAUGGAGAAUCUUGAGGGUGAUCUUUUUGUUGACAUUAGAGCAUCAAUCCAGAAAUCAAGUGGAUCAUCUUGUGUGGCAAGUUCCAAGCCCAAUUCUGGUACCAGAACAGGAUCUGUCAAGGCUGCAACCCCAGCAAAACAAUCUCCAAAAAAACUGGAGGAAGCUUCUGAAACCAAGCUGAAACCUAAAAUUUCUUCAAAGAAGACAGAUGUUGUCAUCCCAGGAUCACGGAGAACAAUGAAGAACACAUCUACUGUUACACAAGCUCAGCAGUCUCUUGAAACAAAAAGAGAAACAGCGUCCCUGUCUAAGCCCCCCAAGAUAGCUGCCAGAGUUGGCAUCUCAACAGCAGCCAAGAGAGGUCCGUUGAGUACCACCUGUGCCAAAUCGGAAAAGGACAAAGGAAAAUGUUCAGCUAGCAAUCCAGCAAAUACGAAAGACUUGACAGGCAGAGUGAAAAUACCAAUUUCUGGUGGUUCAAGGAAUACUGUGUCCAAGCUAUCGCCACCUUGGCGGUCUUCUUCGAGUUCAACAAAGACAGAGUCAGUAGUCUCUUCUUUUGAUUGUUCUGAAAGCGUUUCAUCUGAUGGUGGUAGCAGCAGAUCUUCCUUGAGCUCUUUUACACGAAAAGUAGACCCCAGGGCUGCUGGUGGUGUUCCUUCUUCUAGCCUCAUAGCCAAAGCCACAUCAAGAAUCGGUUCAAAAAGUAAAAACCACUCAUCAAUCCCACAUCGCUCGCCUUAUCUCAGGUCUGUGGUCAAGCACUCUCCAAACAUUUCACCCGCCAGCUCAGUCAGUGAAUGGUCCUCGGAGUCAAUAUCACUGUCACCAACUUCAACCCUUAAUAAGAGGUCCAAUUGUUCAAGAUCUAGCAUCGACACAGCCUCUUGUGUAGACCCUUAUGAAGAUGAUGAGAGUUCCCAAGUUUCAGAUUCUCCAAGCCAUUGUAGUGAACCAGGUGCAGCGGGAACUCAUGGCGGUCAAUCAUUGAGAAGGGUCUCUAAAGAAAACGGUGAACUUCUUACGGAGUCAGCUAAGCCCUCCGGCCUCAGACUACCAUCGCCAAAAAUCGGUUUCUUUGAUGGGGUGAGAUCAUCCUCGAGAAAUUCAAAUGGGAGUUCACAAACAAAACCAGGGGCUGCGCCCAGUGGAUUACCGAGACCAGGGGGAGUUCUCCAUGGAAACCUAGGAAAGCCAGGAAAUCUUCAAACUGCUAAAUCUGCAACAACGCCAGCCAGGACUCCUAGAAUUGGCACUCAGCAACAGUCAUUGAGCAGCUCCAAGUCAAAAUCCCAAGUGUCUAAUAACCAGGCGCCUUCAAUGGUUGUACCAAAGGUUGGCAGCAGCGGCCUUCUAAGAAGUGCAAAGCGCUCUCCCAGCAUAUCUCCCAGAGUGCAAAGUAAGACAUCCUCCCCUGGAAGCAGUGCGGAGAAGAAUCCAAAGCCCGUGAAAGUCACACCUAUUGAUGAACAGCACACUCCCUUUGUGCUCCCAUCUACCAAAAGCGAAGAAAAGGUUGGUCUGGAGGAGAAAGUUGCAUCUUUUGAGUGUGAACACAAGGAGAGUCAUAGCAUGGUAGGUGAUGUUGUUGCAAUGAGUAGAGAAAACAGUCCUAGUCAGAAGGAAAUGAACUAUUUCGAACAGUAG